AUGCAGCGUGAGUUGUGUGUGCAGUACCUCACAGAGAUCUCAGCGAGCACAGUGCAAUGGCUUACGAUACUCAAUCAGCAGUCACCGGAGGAUCCGAACACGGUGAGGCAAGUGGCACUCCAGUUGCAGAUAUUGCUUAAGAUAUGCACACACGUGGACUUCGAAGAAGAGAGCUCUCCACCAAUAGAAACGCAUCAAUUUAACUCUCAACCAAUCAAAUCGCCGCAUCCGAUUGUGGGUGUUGUCCAACAAGUAGCACCUGUUAUUUGCCUCACGGCCGAGCGUUUCAAUGCGAAUGAAAACAUAAUCAAGGACUGCUGCGACAUCUUCAACGGCGCUUUACGGAAUACAUCGGAAGAGUUUCUGCCGUUUCUACAGCCGUACAGCAACCUAUUACUGUCGUCCUACAGCCUGAAACCGCAGGCCCCAAUUCUGGCGAGUGCCGCGAUUUUGGCGUCAAUGUACAGAUCAGGCGAACAGGCGCAGAUCAUUGCACCUAUGACCGAAGAACUGGUCAGGCAGUCGCUGGUGGCCUUCAAUCAAGACCUACAUGGCAAUACGGAAUUAGUCGCGGCCUUCUUCCAUGCUAUGAAGAGGGUGCUAAAUAAGGCAGACCCAGUGAUGCUGUUCCGAUUGGACGCCAUGUUGGAAUCAGUCAUCCAAUGCGCAGUGGCAUCGCUACAACUGCCGGAGAUACCAGCUAUCAAGGCUACGUGUUCUUUCCUGAGCAUUGCCGCGUACACUCCCCGAUCCACCAUGAAGGAACCCGUGCUAGUCCUCUUUACAUUGAAACGGCACUGUCCACAAGAAUUCCAGGCCACACUGUCCCAAGCAGUGCACGAGAGUCCCAAAACCGCCGGCGUGACACCCGACGAAAAAACCAAAUUCCUGAAACGCAUUGUGAACGCGAGGAAACGAACCGAUCUGGUCCCAAUCGCAAACGAUUUCUCGUUGCUGGCUCGAAAGCUGGGCUGAGCAUAUAUAGCGAAUUGGGGGGGUGGGAAUACUCUUACCAGUGAGGAGGUAUACAGCCAGUGUGUGGACUUUCCCGGUACGGAAAUGUACAGCUACAUGAACCAGAAGUAAGGGUUUACUCUGCUACAUAUACGGCCGCGGUUGGAGCCGUAUCUAUUGGUUAGUGGGUUAGAACACACACGCCGUUUGUUGUAUUAACCAUGGCGCUACCUGACAGAUGUCUUAUCAAGAGCCUACGGACGUAUCGGGAGCCGAGUACUUUCCUAAAAGCGCUUGGCAUGGCAGUCGACUUUCAGCUGGGCAGUCAAUCGGGAGUUCAGAUCGGAAGGUGCUUGUUCUGCACCAGGAUACUGUUCUAGGAAAGGGACCAGAUAAUCGUCAGCGGUAUACGGGCAUGAACAAGUAAUAGACUUUUGGCCAACUGAAUAACAGCCAACCUUCAUAAGAUUAUUACCCGCAUAUGGUAGUGUAGCGCACCGUGGGCAAGACUGGUAGCUCUCACGUGUGCGUAGUAAACCAAACGAAGAGAAAUAUGGCGUGAUUAAAGACCGGAUCGCGAAC